GUGAAGCGGAAACGUCACCGCGUUUCGUCUCGCUGUCUUGUUUGUCCCUCUGUGCACUCCUUACGUGUCAAUGUGGCUGUGUUGUUCUCAUGAUGUGUGCACUCCACAUCAAACUCUUAGUUAGUAAAAAGAAAGAAUAAUUAUGGGAGGUGAGCAUCCACUUCAGGUUAGCAACACUAGCAGCUCCCGCUGUACUUUCUUCAACGCAGUGCCCGAUGAUUAUCGACGUGAUGUGAUUCUUAAGGUGAAAAGAGCCACAGGGACAUUUUCACUAGUGGCAUGCUUUUUCAUGCUGUUUGCGAUAUGGCUGUUCCGCCGAUAUAACUCUUUGGCUCAGAAAAUGAUAUUCAGUCUGACAGUAGCUGCAGCUUUUGACAGUGUUGCUUAUGUUAUGGGAGAGUCUCAUCCAGAGGGGUCUCUGUGUAAUUUUCAAGCCUGGUGGCUCACAUAUUUUGACUGGACCGCACUGAUGUGGGUUUGUCUUAUUACAUUUAAUCUGUACCUGAACCUGGUGAGAGAAAUCAGAACUGAACCUUACGAAAUACCGUAUCAUUUGGUGGCAUGGGGGGUUCCUCUGCUCAUGUCCACCCUCCCCCUGAUGGCUGGAUACUACGGCCCCGCUGGAGCCUGGUGUUGGAUCACAGAUAAUCAUGUCGGGUGGAGGUUUGGCAUAUGGUACAUUCCUCUGUUUAGCCUGAUUAUCCUCAUGACCUGCUGUUAUGCUCGAAUCAUCUGUGUGGCCAACGAGAGGAUGCGUUCCUGGUUAGGCACCUUUAACCCAGAAAGAGAGAGGAGGAAGAUCUCUCUAGCUGAAGAGAUCAGACCGUUGAAGUGGUAUCCCUCUGUCUAUCUGCUCGUCUCUAUCUUCCCUCUCAUAAAUCGACUUCAUAAUGCUGCUUACCCAGAGCACCCUGUGUUUUCUCUGACGUUAUUGCACGUGCUCAGUGCACCCUUGCAUGGGCUUGCAAAUGCUCUUGUCUUCGGUAAGGACACCUGGAGUCAGCUGAGUACAACAGGAAUAAAGAUGGCUGUCCAGUCUCGGCUGUGUGACAGCACAAUGAUUGGAGAGUACCAUGCUGCAAAUGUAAGAUACACACAUGACCUCGAUACACACUCCGAUUCUGAUGAUGAGGACAACAACAUCCUAUUUUACAGCCCGGACAUGAUCUUAAAAGAUAGGGGACCCUGGGAGAAUGUUUAGAAAGUGUAUGUGUGUUUGUUUGUGUGUGUGUGCGCGCACAUAUUUUUACAUUCUUUGCCUUUAAAGAAUUUCUAUCAGUGUUUCCGUGUUGCAGCUUUCAUGUUGACACUUUAAUUAUAGCAUGUAUUAUUAUAGUUGGAAAACAGAAAAGAAAAUGGUUGAUAGUAUGUCUUCCUUUGCCGUUAAUGAUGGGUAGAAGCAUAAGAUUUUUUGUACUGUAUUAAUGUGGAAAAUCUUUCAAUCAAGCUGUUUACCGCCUCAACAUAAUGUUUGUUGUAUAUAAUGGAAAUAAAGACUGCCUUUUCUAUUUCAUUCAGCUGAGUAUUUCAGACAUAUACUUUGAAAACAUUUGAGCAUGUUUUACUAUUAUAUUUAUGAAAAUG